AUGAACUCUGCCUCUACCUCUGCCACCGUUGUCGAAGAUACCCUUGUGAACCAUUACGUCUCUACCUCCGCUCAGACCACCAGAACCCCUGUCCAGCUCGCCGCCAUCUAUAAAGAAAACAUUGAGGCUGCCGACGAAGCCGCCCUCAUUGAAUCCGCUAUUCUAUCCCGCCAACACACUCUAGAGAUUGAACGCAUCCUUGUUGAAAGGAAUGCUUAUCCCACCGCCGCCGUCCUUAACACCAUCAGAACUGCCCAACUCAUCGAGCAAGAAGCUCAACUCAUCUCCGACCCCGCCGUCAAACAAUCCAUCCUUCACUAUCAGAAGCGUAUUCGUGGUCUGUGCUACCUGCUCCUGCCUAGCGAUAUUAAAAAGGAUAUUCGCGAAGCUGUAUUCAUCAUACUUGACCGAACGACUACUGAGGUUGCCAGACCACCAUCCCCUCAUCGUCUUGACGAAUAUAUUCGCAUCCCCUCCUCACCUCUAUCAGAGGUUCCUAAACCAGUCCUUCCUCCCACAACUCCGCGCAUUGCCGCUGACAAUCCGCCUACCGUUAGCAUGCCUGAUCUGGAGCUUGGCACUCAAGCUGCACCUAUCGUGGUCGAAGACUUCUCUCCACCACCCUCCCCUAACACCAGAAUCGCCAGAAGAGAGCAAAAGAGACGACUACGUAUCAGCUCUAAAUCCGCCUCACCCGUCAAACGAUCCUUGAAAACCUCGCCCACCACCUCUUUACCUGACAAGUACUCUACCCACACCGAGUAUGACAACUUCAUCUGUCGUCACUGCAAGGAAUUCGGACACCGUCACAAGAACUGUCCUACGUACUGGUGCCGUGUUUGUCACAAACAACAACCAGGCCACCUCUCCGUCUAUUGCAAGAAGUUGAGGGACCAGAAAGUUCGCGAGAAGAUUCGCGCACCCCCUACCACCGCUUUCGAGGACCCAAACUUCUACACCCAUAUGAAAGAUUGGGAAGCCCACGUCGAUGAAGACGUUGCCAGAGCAUAUGAGCUCGAACGAGACGAAGCGCUGAACGAGUUCGAAGAACAUUACCAAGUUGACGACGACCCUAUCUAUUACGCUAAUCAAGAUGAUUGA